CUGAAGUCUAUGACACAAAGUUUAUAGUCUAUGGUUAUGGUCUGACUUGGUUUUUGUCCGGUUUGAAUUGUUGUUUUGUUUGUUUAUUUUUUGCGAAUUCAUCAAACCCAGAUUAUUUAUGAUAUGGCAAAGCGAGCAAACCCAUUUGUCGACGACUUUAUACCACAAAGUAAAGUUCAUGUAGGCAUAAAACAGUUUAAUAAUAAUCAAGAUCGACUGAAACAAGUUUAUGAAAAAACCUUACAACUACUAUUCAAGGGUGCCAAAAAAUGUUCUUCACUAGAUAUUACGCAUUCCGAGCAUACUGCUUUGAGUAAUACAGAUAAACAAGACAAAAUGAAACAACUGUUCAUUGGCAAAGAUGGAAGUCUCCUUCAUUCGGGCAAAAUGGUAGACAAUAAGUUGCGAUUGAAACAGUGCACCUGUGGUAGUAAUGUGGAAUCUCAGUGUGCUUAUUGUGAGGUGAGCUUGUGUGGUGGCUGCCAGCACAUGUGUGUUCAUUGUGAGCGCUCACAUUGCCUGCGUUGCAUUAUGAUUGGGCUGGAGGGUGCAGAAAUAUGUGUGUCCUGUUACAGUUAGACUGGUAGUGAGCUGAAUGUUAUAUAAAUGUUAAUUAAUUGUAAGCCAAGUUUAAUUUUAUCAUAGAAACUUUCCCUAAUUUACAGAAGAAAAUAAAUAAACCUAAUAUUAAUGAAUGUA